AUGACAAUUCACUGCCCCCCUUCUUUUGCGGAUCCACGGGCAAGCUUCGAAUCAGAGCUCGAACCAGCGCCUGAGCCUGAGCCUGAGCCUGCGCCGGAUCCUGAUGCGCUUGGCCCGGAGCCUAACAGACCGGGCAAGAUGACUGAAACUGAACGUGACUCCGACCGAGAUUCCGAUCUCGACUGCCCGAAGCCAGACUCAGAUCCUGACUCCGACCCUGAACCAGAGACGGACACACCGGCGCUACCAUCCGACCCGAGUCCGAUCCCCGUGCCGGCUCCCAACCCGAGUCCUGUGCCGACUCCAAGGUCCAUCCUUGUAACCCGGCUCUCGACCACCGAGGUCACAAAGAGAGCAAGGAAAAGAGUAGCCCAGAAUUGA